AGCUUUUAUGAAUGGGCACAGCGGGAAGGGGCGUGGCCGUUCUCUCCGCGCUUUUCUGAUUAGUCACGACAUCUUUUAUCGCAGAGGACUGGGUGGGCGGAGCCUGCGUGCUUCUGGCUCUUACGAGCGGAAACAUGAUUGGCUGACACGACGAGGGCAAGCGUAUCCUCUAACACCAUUGGUUGUUUGUGGCGGUGGGCGGGAUCUGUCAGCUGAGCUCCGUAACAAAUGUAGACGCAGCAGCUGCGCUGCACAGAAGAGCGAGCAAGCGGUUUAUAGAUCAGAGCUGCGUUACGAGCUAAAUAACGGGCAUUUAAAUAACAUAACAUUAUUGAUAAAUAUAAAUGUACAUUUGGAUCCUAAUGGCCUGCUAAUAUUGAUAUUGUGGUGCGGAUCGGUGGCAGUUAUUGUAGCAGCGCGCGCGAGACGGUGGAUUUACCUCAGAAGAACCUAACCGAACACCGCGGAUAUUUCACCGGAAUAUUACGUUUCUACGGUGAGCAGGAUAACCGUUCGCCACACUCCGUCACCCGCUCGGUUCACAGAUCAGAUCACGGGGUUCUCGGAUGGAGCGGAACACCGAGGCGCGGAGUCACGGAUCAUGGUCCCGGUGUGAGGAGCUCCUCCGAGGCGACGCAUCGAUGACCGUCUCGAUCAGCUCCACCACCGGGAGCCGCUUCGAGCUGUCCGUUCCUCUGGAGGAGACCGUGGAGGGCCUGCACCGGAGACUGUCCGAGAGACUCCGGGUCCCGAGGGAGCGACUCCUGCUGCUGCACCGAGACACGAGGUUAGACUCGGGGAAGCUGCUGGACGUCGGUGUGGUCGACGGAAGCAGACUGACGCUGGUGCCCACGCUCGAAGCCGGACUGAUGGCGCAGUCGAGCCGCUCGGAGCAGUCGGUCGUGCAGGCGCUGGAGACGCUCUCAGACGCUCAGGUCAGUGACUUCCUGUCGGGACGGUGCCCGCUGACCCUUGCCCUGCGUGUGGGUGAUCACAUGAUGUUUGUGCAGCUGCAGUUGGCGGCUCAGGCAUCUGGAGGACAGCCGUCCCUGUCCAGGGGUCCUACGGUCCCCAGCCAGAUGCAUACAGGGGCCGUCAGCAGUGCAAACCCCUCAGACUCACAGCAGCGGGAACAGGACGUCUUUAAGAGCCGCACUGCCCUGCCCUCAUCACAUGAUAGCCACACCCACAGUGCUCAAAGCCCCACCCCUGCCCCGCCCUGUGUUCAGGCUGAAGGCAGCACACAGCGAUGCAAACCCGGUGCCGUCAUCGAGAGCCUGGUCAAUCACGCACCGGGAGUUUUCUCAGGAACCUUCUCAGGUACUCUACACUCCGCCUGUCAGGACAGGAGCGGGCGUCCUCGCCGUGACAUCAGCACCAUCCUGCAGAUCCUCAAUGACCUCCUGAGCGCCACACGGCUUUACCAGAGAUCUCCUCCGACGCUGACGCACCUCCGCUGCCCCUCACACACACCCUCACCUACCUCACACACACACACACCCUCACCCUCACCUACCUCACACACACACACACACCCACCCUCACCUACCUCACACACACACACACCUCCACCCUCACCUACCUCACACACACCUCUUCCCUCACCUACCUCACACACACACACACACCCACCCUCACCUACCUCACACACAUACACACCCCCACCCUCACCCUCACCUACCUCACACACACCCCCACCCCCACCAUCACCUACCUCAGACAGGCCACAGCCGCAUGCACAUCUGCUUAAGCCCUCCGGCGAGCGUCUGCGGCAGACGGAGAAUAAAGCCAUGCGCUGUAAGGUGGAUCAGCUGAGACUGUUACUGCAGCAGAGGCGUCUGAGACGAAAGAUCCGGAGAGAGACUCGUGCUCCGUAUGUCUGGAGAACCCAGCACCAGAACCCAUCGCUCCCGCUGGACCAGGAGCCGGUCUGGAGACACGACGGCCCGGCGGACAUCAGCCCCGAGGUCAUCGUGGUGUGACGAGUGUGACUCCUCCUGGGCAUUAACACACAGUCCCUCAGGAGCCGGCGCUCAAGCAUUAACACAUCAGGUGUUCAGCUCUGGGACAUGUGUUUACACCCUUCAUUUCUCCGGAGCAUUAUGGGAUUCUGAUCUUGUUUCAGAGGACAGAUGUCCGUCUGAGAUCACAGUCAGACCGCUGAUUAUUUUCACCCUGGAUUUGGGCGAAUCUCAUGAAAACCGCUCCUAUUUCACCCCUAAAUCAAAUGAAUAUGUAUUUAUUUUAUUUAUGAAGAAAAUGAAGUCAUAGAUAAUAAUCUAAUUUAUAUAUAUAUAUUUAUAAUUAUAUAACUCUAUUAAAAUGAAAAGAGAAAAUCGGGGGGAAAUUAUAUAUAUAUAUAUAUAUAUAUAUAUAUAUAUUAUUAAAUACUAUAUUAUAAUUUAUUACAUUUAUUACUGAAAAUAAAUUAUUUUUCAUAAACUAUAAUUUAUUUAAAAAUAAAUUUUAAGGGUUUUUGUUUCUUUGUUGUUUUUUAUGCAUUUUUGUUUCUAUUUUAGUUAUUUGUGUACAUCAAUGAAAACACAAACAUAUAUAAUUUGUAUUCCUCUAUAUAUUUUGUAAUUGUGCUUAAAAUAGGCUUCUUUCUUUAUAAAAGAAAAUACAAUUCCCUUUAUUUUGGGGCUGAAGUAUGGCGUGGACAUUGUUUCAGGAUAAGGAGUGGUAAUGCAGUGUUUUCUUGUGGAUUAUUCUCCUGUCAGACGGUGUUUCUCACGGACAGACUCUGCUCUGGACUCAUUGUGAAAGCUGAAGCACACUGCUGUGAGUGUUUAACGGCUGAGGAACAGUGAUGUGUGAAGAAGAGCAGGAUCUGAUCUCUGACGCGCUGAAGGGAAGCAGCUGUAGUGUGAUCCAGCUCCUAACGUCUGGGUCGUUCUGUGUUGUUGCAGCUCACACUUCUUCUCGUUCAUCUCUCAGAAACGCUCCGAGUGAAGCAGGAUUCACUCAUGUUCGGAGUCGAUCCUGAGCGUUUCAGAGACGCGGUAGCAGAUGUUCAUUUAUAAACUCUUCUGGUUACUGUGAAGCAUUCUGCGCUUCAGUUUCUCACUCUUCUUUCUUUCUCAUGUUUGUGUGUUUUCUCUUCGUUUAAAUAAAUUUAAGAUUAAAACA